AUGUUUUUUCUUUAUAAUUUGGAGCGCAAGGUCACCUUGCACCCUUCUUUCAUGGGUCGCAACAUGCACGACCUCGUGACCGCGAAGCUCUUAAAGGACGUUGAAGGCACAUGCGCUGGCAGCUACUUCAUCAUUUCCAUCAUGGACGCUUUCGAAAUCUCUGAAGGACGAAUCCUCCCCGGUCUUGGUAUGGCUGAAUUUACUGUCGGAUAUCGUGCCGUAGUAUGGCGGCCAUUCAAAGGCGAGACGGUCGAUGCAGUUGUGCACUCUAUCAACCCACAAGGCUUCUUCGCUCACGCAGGGCCUCUGCAGCUGUUUGUUUCAGCCCAUCUGAUUCCUAGUGAUGUGAAAUAUGACCCCAAUGCGACGCCACCUCAGUUCACAAACAACGAGGACACCUCCAUUGAGCCCCAAACCCACGUUCGCGUCAAAAUCAUAGGAACUCGAACAGAAGUUGGAGAAAUGUGGGCCAUCGGUAGCAUCAAGGAGGAUUACUUGGGAUGCCUCCAAGCUUCUUAA